CAAAGAUAGGGAUUUUGACAACUCCUUCAUCGACUCCUUUAUCAUCUCGAGACGUUUCCCCGUUACGCCGUGAACAAUGUCGGGAAGGAAUUGAGGCGGAGGAAGAUGUCGAUUCGGACAGUAGAUCUGGAAGAUCUCGCGGAGGAGGAUGUCAAUCCGGACCUAUUUUGCAGCAAUUUUGCAGUCGAAGAGGCCCUCUUCUCUCUGUUCGCCGAAGAUUUUGCAGCCGGAGAUGCCCUCCUCUUUUGCAGCAAUUUUGCAGCCGAACUGCUCUUUUCCUUGUUUGCGACAGAGGAUGUCAAUCCAGAGCAUGAUGCUGGUGGAGAGUUCACUAAGUACUCUCAAGUCACGAAGACUAGGCAACAUCACAAAGCAAGCCAAAAAUAACUCACGAAGAGUCGAACUCUACCAUUGGGUCAUCGAGUUCAAAAAACAAAAGAAAAGCAAAAGUCACAAAGACCAAAAAAAGGAACAAAAGAUCAGCACACAAUCACAGAGAUAGGUUUAAAAUCUUUUGACAUAAGGUAAAUUUUUCAAUUGAACAUUUAGAUUCUAAUGCUUCAUGAUAAGUCUUAGGUUCAUCACACUCAAGGGAUUCAAACACAUGAAAAGCAAACUCAGACAUAUUACAGUCAUCAACAUAUCUCGCAGGUUUGCUAAUGGUUCUUCUAUUUCUAUCCCUAGCAAGUUGAUAGUCAUGCAAAUCAUUUUCAACCUGUGAUUCUACACUAUCAUGCUCCACCUCAUUAGAAAUAGUCUCAUCUUCAUUAGUGUGUGAAUCAACAUGUUCAUUAGUUUCUACAUGCACAUCAGUAGGAAUGAUAACAGGCAAUUGCUCCACCUCAUUUGGAGCCACAUUUUCAACAUUGGGAAUAGGCAAGGA